AUGAUUGUCACUUUAGCACUCCGAGUUCUCCAACUUCUCUUCGGCGCCGUUGUUCUUGCGCUCUCUAUUGUCUUGAUCAAGGGAUAUGGCCCGGCGAUGGCGGGAGCAACCUUAGGGAAGGCACCUGAGGAGCCCCUGAUGGAUUAUGGCGCAUUCUGUGGCGCCGCCGGGAUAUUGAUCGCUGCCAUCGGCAUAGCGGCCACAUUCUUCGAGAAGCUCCAAGGGAUAGUGAUGUUGGCCUUGGAUGGGCUUGCGAGCUUUUUCCUUUUUGCUGGCGCAGUUGCGUAUGCUGCAAAAGUUGGUGCCGGAAGCUGCACAGAUGAGACAUACAAAGGUUAUUUAGUGAAGCAUUUUGAUCUCUUCCGGCCAUCCAUAUACAAGGAGUAUCAUACUACCGAUGUCGAUAAACGGGCCGGUCUCAUCGAAGAUGAUAUCCACGGCCGAUGCCGCGAGUUCCAGGCAAAUACCGCAUUUAUUUGGUUCAUGUUUGCAUGUUUUGUUGGAACUUUCGCCCUCGGCUUCCUCGCGAAGUCCGGAAGGCGAGGCGGAGCAAUGGUUUAA